AGUCCCUCGGCUGAUCUCCUCCACUCAUUCCUUCCAUCCAAACUAUUGCCUCCCUUCCCCUCAUCCCUCUCUUCUGCUCUGAAACAUCAUAUCAUCUAUCUCAAAUCGACACCUCACACAACCACACCACCUCCUAUCCCUCUAAUUCCACAUCAAUCAUACAUUACCGACUUGUAAAUAUGUCCUCUUCAAUCCUCGACACCCCCGACCCCGCCUCCUUAUCCCCCUUCCUUAAUGCCACCUCCCCAUCUCUCCGAUCUCUCCUCCACCACCCAGACUACCUCCCCGUUCGCACCUAUUCGCGCAUCCCCAAACCCUCCACCGGCGAGGAUGGCUACUUCGCCAACACCUUAGCCACCGCCCGCACUAUCCCCCACGUCCUGACGCUCCGUCGACGUCCGCAUCUCCUCUCUUUUCUCCCCAACUCUCCGCCCACCUGGCCCGCUCCCACCGGCGCCCCGACUCCACUUGAAGACCCCGAUUUGAUCCUCAUCCUCGACAUUGCUGCUCCUGGUGUCUCGGGCCACCCGUCCACUGCUCAUGGCGGAGUCCUGGCUACGUCCCUCGACGAGGCCAUGUCCUAUGCUGUGGCACUGUAUGCGCCGGAGACGGGCCCGAAGUUGGUAGAGGAUGAGCAGCCGGAUGGCCCGCAUGUCCCGCCUACGCCGCGCGGAAUGCUCUAUACUGCCCAAUUGGACAUCCGCUACAAGAGUCCCGUUGCUGCGCCGGGGUAUCUGGUCGUUCGGACUAAGGUCCUCGCUCGUGUGGGUCGCAAGUUCUGGGUGCGCGCGCAGGCCUUCCAGCCACAGGAUACAGAAGGCGCCGUUACCUCUCCCAAGGCAGAGGGCGAACCAAUGCGCCUUACCACGGAUGCGAUGGCGUUCUGGAUGCAGACGGGACCGUCGCUCUAAGACUUUCUUUUUUUUUUUCUGCUGUGUGUUCUAUAGAUCUAGAUUCUAUAACCCGUGUAUAUAGUAUAUGUACAUAUUGCAUCGACCGGUAGAUAGAGCCGGU